GACUCUUAUCACAUCACCUCCUCCUAGAAGCUACCCUGAUUGCCUUCACCUCCUUUCCUGAAAACUGGUGUCUGGGCAGAAGUUAACAGAAGCCUCGUGUAAAUGCCCUAGGGGUGUGCUGUUGGUAGGGGCACAGCCCCCUGUGAUGUGGAACACCACGCUCAGAUUCAUCAGUUGGGAUUGCCUGAGGCCUUGCCGCCCCUCGGACCAUGUUUAACGGGGAGCCUGGUCCGGCCUCGGCCGCGGCCUCCAGGAAUGUGGUUCGGAGCUCCAGCAUCAGCGGUGAAAUCUGUGGCUCCCAGCAGGCUGGGGGUGGGACCGGGACCACCACGGCCAAGAAGCGGCGCAGCAGCCUUGGGGCCAAGAUGGUGGCCAUCGUGGGCCUGACUCAGUGGAGCAAGAGCACACUCCAGCUCCCCCAGUCUGAAGGGGCCACCAAGAAGCUGCGCAGCAACAUCCGGCGGAGCACAGAGACAGGCAUCGCCGUGGAAAUGCGGAGUCGGGUCACACGCCAGGGCAGCCGGGAGUCUACCGAUGGGAGCACCAACAGCAACAGCUCCGAGGGCACGUUCAUUUUCCCCACCACCCGGCUCGGGGCUGAAAGCCAGUUUAGUGAUUUCCUGGAUGGGCUGGGACCAGCCCAGAUUGUGGGGCGACAGACAUUGGCGACACCACCAAUGGGGGAUGUGCACGUUGCCAUCGUGGACCGGAGUGGCCAGCUGGAGGUGGAAGUGAUUGAGGCCCGGGGCCUGACCCCCAAACCAGGCUCCAAAUCCCUCCCAGCCACCUAUAUCAAGGUUUACCUGCUUGAGAAUGGGGCCUGCUUGGCCAAAAAGAAGACAAAGGUCGCCAAGAAGACCUGUGACCCCCUGUACCAGCAGGCUCUGCUCUUUGACGAGGGGCCCCAGGGCAAGGUGCUGCAGGUGAUCGUCUGGGGAGACUACGGCCGCAUGGACCACAAAUGCUUCAUGGGCAUGGCCCAGAUCAUGCUGGACGAGCUGGACCUGAGCGCCGCGGUCGCCGGCUGGUACAAACUCUUCCCUACGUCCUCAGUCGCAGACUCUUCGCUUGGAUCCCUCACCAGGCGCCUGUCCCAGUCCUCCCUGGAGAGUGCCACCAGCCCCUCGUGCUCCUAAGGACCUCCAGAAGAGGCCAGGAUGUAGUGUGGGAAGGGAUGCCUGAUGGCCUCCCCUCCCUUGUACAUAGUCUUUGUGUCUUUCUGGCCCCCUUGCCCUGCUGCAUGCCUGUUGGCUACUGGGCCCGUCCCAGCUGGCAGUGGAGACUGUAGUGUGUGCGUGUGUGUGUGUGUGUGUGUGUGUGUGUCUGUGUCUGUGUGUGACCACGUUAUAUCUGUU